UUCCCGCUUCAUAACGAUUUGAGUCAUCGCCGUGUGUUCUCAUUUGAGUAGUGCAUGGGGUAAUGAAGCGAGCUAUGCACAGGCUUUAACACCUUACGGUCUGAGCGUAUUUGCAUUGUCGGAUGUUAGUUUGGUUUGGCUGGGACAUCGGGUACAAUGCUGCAGAUCAGGGUUAAAGUCGCUCUCUUGCUUCUGCUAUUGGCGGUCCGGGGUGUUGCGCAGCAAGACCCCCAAAGUAAAGACUGUGUUUGUGGACACCCUGGAAUACCAGGGGACCCUGGACACAACGGGACACCCGGACGAGACGGCAGAGAUGGACUCAGAGGGGACAAGGGUGAUCACGGUCAAGUUGGUCCUAUUGGAUCAGCAGGCCGUGAUGGCCACAAGGGAGACAAAGGGGAACUCGGUGCUGCUGGCCAAGCAGGGCUCAAAGGGAAAAGGGGAGAAAAUGGAGAACGGGGGCCGCCUGGGAAAAUGGGGCCCCAGGGAGUCCAAGGGACCAUAGGCCUCAAAGGAAGUAAGGGAGAGCUUGGGCUACCUGGACCCCAAGGACCUAAGGGAGAUUUUGGCCCCCUUGGACCAGAGGGUCCAAAGGGGGAGAUUGGCCUUCGAGGUGACAGAGGCAUUCAGGGUCCAUUGGGGCCUCCUGGGAAGAUAGGGCCAAAGGGGGAAAUCGGUAUUCCUGGUUACAAAGGCAAUAUUGGUUAUCGUGGUGAGAGAGGAACUCGAGGGGAUCAAGGUGAUAAGGGUGAUAAGGGAGAUGCAUUCGUUAUCUCUAAAAGUGCCUUCACCGUGGGUCUCACAGCGCAGAGUAAGCUGCCGGCAGCUAACGCACCGAUCCGGUUCGAUAAGAUAAUUUACAAUGAACAGAAUCACUACGAUGCACAAACGGGGAGAUUCACAUGCGCCGCAGCAGGAGCCUAUUUUUUCACCUACCACAUCACCGUCUUCGCCAGGAACGUCAAGGUGGCUCUGGUGAAGAACGGUGUAAAGAUAAUCCACACCACAGAUAACUACCAGAGCAGCGAGGAUCAGGCAGCAGGGGGCGCUGUGCUGCACCUGGCUGUGGGAGACAAGGUCUGGCUGCAGGUCGCUGGAGGAGAGCUGUUCAAUGGGCUCUUUGCUGAUGAAGAUGAUGAUACCACUUUCUCUGGGUUCUUAAUCUUCAUGGAUUGAACUAAGCAUAACUCCUUUAGCACGGCUGCUAAAUGUUUUAUGACAAACAAGUCAAGUCGGGAUCAUCGAACCGGUUUCUCAGCUUUAGAUGACUUCAUUACAUUGUGCAAUGCAAUGAAGUUAUUGUACAUUUCGCAAUGAAGUGCAUUUACGCAACUACUGAUAAGAGGUACUUCUAGUUUACUUGAGCUUUUCCAUUAUAUGCUACUUUUACUGCAUUAUGUUUCAGUGCCAAACAUUGUACUCAACUGCUCUCUCUUGACUACUUUGGUGAAAUUAAGUAGUGUGAAACAGCUGUAACUUUUACACAUUUGUGCAUCAUUUAUAAUAACCUAAUGAAAUUAAAUGAAAUGUAGACACAAAGGUCGUUUUUUUCUAUACAUUUAGCUGGAACAGGAAUUUCUACUGUUGUAUUACAUUAGAAUAAUCUGAUUUGUCUGCAACAGCUGGUAUUAUAUAUUCAUGAUUUAGUAAAUUCGAUUUAAAUUAGUUCACUUGUCAGAUCUUGUCCAUAUGAAUCUGAUGAAAUAAGACAAUCAACAUGUUAAUAAAAAAUAAAUUAAAAAAUAUCGUUGAACACA